AUGGGCGGGUCGAGGCCGCCGCCCCCGCCGGACGACGUUCAGGUUGCCACGCCAGCGGCGGGCAUUGGCGCGCCGGCCGUGGGCCUCGGCGCGCAGAGCGCGACGUGGGUGCAGGCGGGCGGCCUCGCCGGCGCCACGCCGAAGGCGCCCCCAGGAGUGGCGCCGCCGCAGGUCGUCCUGCCGCCCUGGAAGGGCCAGAGGGCGCAGGACUGGGGUGGCCAGGGGGCGACUGGAGCGGCGGCAGCAGUGCCUGGCAGCACGGCGACGGCGCAGGCGACGCGACCAUGGGCGGGGCCCCGUGGCGGCAGCAGCAGGGCCAGCAGCAGUGGUACGGGGGCCGGCGGAUUCACCACGUCGGAUAUCAGGACAACAACUUCUGGCUCCAUCAGCCCACUGCCUGGCCCCCGAGGGGGCUGGGUUGGCGGACGCCCAGAACGACGAGAUUUGGUUCGAAGACGACCGGAGGCGCGAGAAGAAGGAGAAGAAGGACAAGACCCUGACGAAGGAGAGGAGAAGGCACACCAGAAAAGGAUGAAGGCCAUGCCCACGAAGCUGCACGGCACGAACUGGGAGCUCCCAAAGGAGAUGAUGGGCCUCAGACUGGUCAAGGACAGAGCGCCGAUGUACAAGUGGGAAUAUCCCCUGUACGACGACUCGCGCAGGUCCUACGCGGGCUUCCUGAGAAGCCCCUGGAACCCGGAGGGGACUCGGGGCGCAGUGCGCGCAUUAUUUCAAUGUCAUCAAGCACGGCACGGAGUGGCUCCAGCCGACCACCAACAAGGGCGUGAUGCCGCGCAAGACCGCAUGGUUGGUCAAGCGUGGCUGCACCUGCGCGUACAGUUACGGACCCUUCGAGGUCCCUGCGGCGGAGUACCCGCCGUGGAUGGUCGAUCUUCUCAAAGAGUGCAUGCCCUAUUGCGGGCUGAACGACGAGGCCGAGUGGCCCAACUGCUGCAACAUGAACCUCUACGACGACGGGGGGGCUGCGGUGGGCUGGCACUCAGGAGGGGAACGACGAGUCGCUCUUCCAGGGCAAGUUCCGAGAUAUUCUUAUUGUAUCACUAUCUUUGGGCGUCACCAGAUCUUUCCAGCUGCGGUACAACUGGCCGGAGUCAGGCGAGGAGGGCGAGCUGUCGCUGA